AUGGAUUUUUGUAUAACACAAAAACAAGUCCCAACUGUGAAACGCAUACACAGAACAUUUGCAGAGGAGUACAACUACUCAGGUUCCAUAGAAAGCCAACGAACAGUAAUUAGAAAGAUGGGAUUUCGUUGGCGAAAAACCAGAACUAAUAGAAAAUUAUUAAUGGAAAAUCCCAAUAUUCAACAUCUUAGACUGAAUUUCUUACGUAGUAUGAAACGUUACAGGAACGCAAAUCGCCCAAUUAUAUACAUGGAUGAAACAUACGUCCAUUCAUCUCAUACCCACCAAAAGAGCUGGUCUGAUAGUUCAAACAAGGGCAUACAAAAACCAGUAUCUAAAGGAGAGAGUCUUGUGAUAGUGCAUGCUGGAGGUGAAAGUGGUUUUGUUAAAAACACUUAUCUGCGCUACAAACCUACUAUAAAAACAGGAGAUUAUCAUGAUGCAAUGAACUACGACAAUUGCUAA